CGAAGCCGUUGGCUGUUUCAGAACGAGGCUCGGAACGCAGAGAAAAGGUUCAGCUUUUGAUUGGUCGUACUUCUACCAAUAGAAUCCUGCGAGAUUGAUUUGAACCAGUGGCGCUGAAUGAGGCAGCUGGAAAGAGACAUUGAAGCCUACCGUAUGCAACAUGUGGUCGUCAGACAACCCUGCCAGUGACGAAAAUUUGACUCCGGCCGUGCAGAAUGUAUCCCGAAAAUCUGUUGGCCGGACUCCCUUAAAGGUUCUCAGUGGCCAGCAUCUUGCUGUGCCUAAUCCAAAUACUCAGUGUAAAACGUGCAGCCAGCCGCCUUUUACGAGGAAGGAGUCUGCGAGAGUUGGCGCUCGCACGCCAGUCAGUGUUUGGACUGACCCCUGCCACAAUGAUUCUUUGACAGAAAGUUCACAAGCUGAAGCCAACACUCCUCUCUUGGAGUCUGAAGUGUCAGAAGGGGACAUACCCGCUUUGCCUACUGGUCCUGGAAACUGUCCUCAGUUUAGUCAGUCGCAUGGCGUUGCCAUACUAUCACGGCCUAUAGAUUCAUUUGACAGCCAGCCUUCCACGAGAAACGACAGUCUGUUAGAAGACCUGCAGUUCACCGAUGAGGUGGAGGUCAUGCCAGAGCCAGGUUUUGUUACUUCUGCAAAUGACACCUAUGAAAUGGACCCUUACCUUAAUGCAAGCUCUGAGCUAAGCUCUGUUACGGUGAUGGAUGUUCUGUCAGAAGUUACUGAGAGUAUUGAAAAUUGGAACUUAUCCGUACAAGAUUUUGACGAUUACAUCCUGAAUGAGUCAACUGAUGAUGAAGGCAAUAUUAAGGGCUGUCCACUGGUGGAGAUAUUGUAUUCCUCUUCCCUAGGAACUAUCAUGGAUGACUUAAAGGAUGCACAACUGCUCAGUAGUCCUCCUGAAAGACUUGGUCCUGUAGACGGUGAUCAUUCUGAGAGAUCUCUUCCUGAUACUGAACCUGAUUGGGACGCUUUUCGUACAGAGGUCUUAUUUCAAGAUCCUGAGAUGUCUUCAUGUAGAACAGAUCAUAAUUACACAUCAGAGACGCAUGCAAAUAAGUGCUGUGCACCUGUUGAUGGGGUGACCACAGAUCAAGGUGACUCCACUCCGUUAAAACAUACGAAGUGGUUUUCUCCUAUUUCCAAAAUUGAUUAUGUCAGUACGUCUAACCUCGACCCUGAUCAAGGGCAUGUCUUGGAGAAUACCCCAUUCACAGAGAGCUGUCCCACUCCAAUAAUGCCAAAUCCUUCAAUGUCUCCUGAGAUCCUAUUUCUUAGCAAAGAAAUCUGUAAAAUUGUUACCCCAAGGAUGAUUGCCUCUUCUCAUGAAGCUGAGACCUCUAUGACUCCUGUAUCAACCACUGAGAGCGUGACAUGGACGACCCCUAUAAUGCUUCUGAACAAAAGCAUGAAUACCUCCUGUGACAUUAUAGGGAAGGGGGAGAGAAGUGCAAAGGAUAGUGCCUCAGAGACAGAUUCGGUCCUAUGGACUUUCUCUAGAGAGGCCUUACGUAACGCAUCUCAGGAGGAGCUGAUGGAUCGCUUGGAAGGCACGCUAAUCGUAGUUGAAGUGCUUUCACGACAACUUCAAGGCUGGCAACAGAAUCAAGUUUCUUCUAAACCAUCGGAGCAGAGGGAAUGUGCCACACAAACAUGUGUCACUUGCACCAGUAGGGAGGAAGAGUACUACCAUGAUCUGUAUAUGAAAACGCUGAGUAGACUUGAGUCAGUGCAGCGCAGUCUGGAGCAAGAAGAGACCUUAAACCAACAUCUUAAAGUAGCUACUGACGCUUUGACAUCACACAAGAAUGAAGCCUCAUCUAUGAUCGAGUUUGCGAAGAGUCUAUAUGAAAUUACUCAAAAAGACAGAGCUGACCUACUGCAAGAGAUGAGCCAUACUCGCAAGCUUCUAGCAGAUUACACAAGCAUUUUAAAGAAAAUGAGCGAGAAGUUAAAGGACAGUCUCCUUCAGCAGGAUGAAAUGAAAGCACGACUGGAAGACGCUAUGCAGGCUAAGGAAGCGGCGGACCAGUGUCUCCAGGAUCUUGAGAGCCACACUUCAGCAGUCAUUACUAAGCUGCGGCGGGACUUCGAAUCUGAAAAACAGCUUUGUCAGUCUGUAAAAGAUGCAUAUGACCAGCAGCAUUCCUACAAUGAAGAAUUGGCAGAGUUUGUACAUGGGGCUCAGUACGUUUGCUCUGAAGUGGAAGACGACCGAACCCAAUUGCAGAGACAGUGCUCUCGGGCAAAGGAGUUGAUGUCUAUGUACUUGCGUCAGUUUGAAGUUAUGAAGGAGAAGAUGCAAUCAGUACUUCAGGAGGCUGAAGAAAUCAAGAUGGCAAGGGACAGGGCAGUUCUAGAAAAUGAAAAAGUAUACAGUCAUUUAGAAAGCAUUAUGUCUCUGCAUGAGCAGAUGAAGCUGGAGAAUUCACGUCUGGGCUCAGAACUAGAAUUGCUAAUGGAUCGUUUGUGUGCCCUGCAAUCUGAAAAUGAACAAAUAAAAGAGGAAAAUUCAGAACUUGAAGAGAUGCUCUCUGCUAAGGAUUCAUCUAUAAAACUGCUUGAAAAAGAGCUUAAUGAGGCGACUGCGCGAGGACGGCAACACCAAGAUCGCAUUAAGUACCUGACUGGAGAGGUUGUGCCCGGCCUCGAGAUGGAUUUGUCAAAUGCUUUAAAUGAGAAGCAGGACCUACAGAAACAGCUGGAGAUGCUAGCAAAAGAACAUUUGUCCCAAAUUGCAUAUUACACAGAGAGCCUUGAGUUUCUUGAACAGGAGAACAGUGUGUAUCGGGAGCAGGUGUCAGAGACUGAAUCCCAGCUCAAAAUUCAUUUUCGCACAGUGCUGGACAGGAACCUUCAGUGUGAGAAUCUAAAGGAUACCGUCAAAGAAUUGCAGAAGGAAGGAAGUGACUUAAAAGAGAAGCUGUCGCACACUCAGGCAGAAGCUCAGACCAGGAUCAUGAAACUGAACAAAGAAAUGUCAGACUCGUCCACAGAAGUAUCCAAAAUCAAGUCACGUAUGUUAGAGCUGGUAGAGGAUUUGAGAGAAAAUACAAAGACUGAGGCAAUAGAGAGUUUACUUGGGUCACAAACACCCGGCCGAAACCUUGUACCAUGUAAGGAUGAAGAGCUGACGACAAGUGUCUAUGCAGAAGGUCCACCAGAGGAAGAUUUGGCUGAUGUAUUACGUCAGUUGAGAAGUGUUUUUGCAGAUCUCAUCACCACUUCAUCGAAUGCCAUGGAGGAAAAACAGCAGAUCAUCCAAGACCUUCGAGUGGAAAUUGCAUCUGUAAAGGAAGAACUUCAGAGUCAAAGAUUGCGGCAUACAUCUGAAACUCGUGUCCUCCAGGAGGAGCUUGGCAGCCUGAAAAGGAGAAAUUGUGUCUUAGAUGAGAAGUUAAACAGCAAAGAAAAGUGCAUCAGUGAGCUCCAGGAGGUUGUGAAUCAGCAAGAACAGAAGAUAUUUCAGCAGUUUAGUACGGCUAAAGAAAGCGAGGUCCUUAUUCGGGAAAUUGCAGAGUUGCAGAUGUCUUUAAAGGUGUGUGAAAAUCAGGUAGAAGUCUUGAAGCAAGAACUAGCACAGAAUUCCACAGAGGCCGCAAGAAACUGGAUUCAAGAGAAGCUGCUCUUACACAAGGAUUUAACUACAUUGAGACUGAAACUAGUUGACGCCGAAUCUUCAAAGUCUGAAGCUAUUCAGCGGCUGUUGAGACAUAAGGAUAUACUGAAAUCGAAUCUAGCUUUAUCAGGAGGCAGAAGUGCGGAAACUGGACCACAUUGUUGUAAGAAUACGACAGGUUCUCAUUUCUAUACCAGAAGUUGUAACUAACUGCGAUAAACUGCAACAGUUAUUGGAUUUCCUAAAAUAGAGGAUCGGCUCAAAGGAGAACCUGCCAGAAG